CGUCCUUUCCCGCCAAUAUGGCCGCUGCAGCCGCGGCCGUCAAGAUUGGAAUUAUUGGUGGAACUGGCCUGGAUGAUCCAGAUAUCUUGGAAGGAAGAACAGAAAAAUAUGUUGAUACUCCUUAUGGCAAGCCAUCAGAUGCUUUAAUAUUGGGAAAGAUAAAAAAUGUGGACUGUGUGCUGUUGGCAAGACAUGGAAGGCAUCAUACAAUUAUGCCAUCAAAUGUCAAUUACCGUGCCAAUAUCUGGGCACUAAAAGAAGAAAAUUGUUCCCAUGUAUUAGUGACUACUGCCUGUGGUUCAUUACGAGAGGAAAUACAGCCUGGUGAUCUUGUCAUAAUUGACCAGUUCAUUGACAGGACAACUAAAAGACAUUGUACUUUAUAUGACGGGCAUCAUUCUACACUUCCAGGAGUAUGUCAUAUUCCAAUGGCAGAACCAUUCUGCACCAAAACCAGAGAGGUUCUUACUGAGACUGCCAAAAAGCUUGGGCUCCAAUGUCAUUCCAAAGGGACAAUGAUCACAAUUGAAGGCCCACGUUUCAGUUCUCGAGCAGAAAGUUUGAUGUUUCGCAGCUGGGGAGCUGAUGUUAUCAACAUGACCACAGUGCCUGAAGUAGUUCUUGCAAAAGAAGCUGGAAUGAGUUAUGCUAGUAUUGCCAUGGCAACAGAUUAUGACUGCUGGAAGGAACAUGAAGAAGCAGUUUCAGUGGAUAAAGUUUUAAAGACACUGAAAGGCAAUGCAAAUAAGGCUACUAGCAUACUCCUUACUGCUAUUCCUCAGAUAGGUUCUAUGGAAUGGACCGACACCCUGCACACCCUAAAAACAACAGUGCAGUGUUCUGUCCUCCUGCCAAAGCAGUAACAACCUGGGUGGACCUUGAAGUUUGAGUGCCGACAAGGAAGAGUGGAUCACUUUUGAGCAUCCAGAAGUUGUAACAUGUUCAAAAAUUGUUACAAGUGUAGAAGAAUGGAGUAAAUGUUGACCAAUGAUAAUGCUUAAGACAACUUUUGUAAUCUUUAUGAUGCUUUAGAAUGUGCAAGGUGACUAGAGUUAGACUUUUAGUAUGUUUUGAACUAAGAAUAACCUUACUGUCAAGCUGGAUCGAACAGUUGCUAAAGAAAACAGUCAAUAAACAGCAAGUUGUCAUGCUCUAUAUAGUUUGAUGUUAGUUAGUUGAUGGAAGAAAAGAAAGGUUAGAUGAUACUUGUUCCAGCUUGAUAGAAUAAGAACUAAGAAACCAGACUGACACAUAGGCUAUUUGCUUUGCCAUUUCUGCUUCCCAUCUUUUUCUGUGGCAAGGCAAAUGAUUACAGUGCGCUCCGGAAACAUACCAUGAAAACUGAAUAGACAAAUUAAAAAUAGAAGUAUACUAUUUUUAUACUUUUUUUUUUUUAUUUCAGUGUAUUUUUUUAAGUGGUGGGGUUUUUUGUGUGCUAAAAGCUGUGAUUUAAUAAUUGUGGUGGUUCUUUCACCAGUCACGUAAUGAAUUAAUGUUCUCUGUAAAAAGUUUAGGUAAUGCCUAAGCCAAAUUUGUGCCUGAAGACAAUACUUAGGUGUCUUAAAGAACUGCACGCCAGAAAUGUAGUUUGCUGCCAAGGUUCUGAACAUUGUGCUAAAUUUCAGCUGCUUCGCUGAUCUGAGCCAGUCCAGUUUUAGUUUCAAGUGUUCAAUGUGCUCAAGUGCUUUGAAUGUAUACAUUUCAUUUUUCAUACAGUUUCAUUUUACUAAAAUAAUCUGCUGCUUCUUGUCUAGUAAAUAAAACAAAUGGAACCUGUGCUUCUCCAAA